AUGCAACAGCAGCAACAAAAACUGCCUAAAUCAAAUCAAUUUAUCCAGGAAACAACUAAGGCUGCCAAAGUAAGCGGUAGAGAACAUGAGCUUUCUGAUUGUAUGUGCUUUUCUUGGGGUAGAUAACCCAGGGAACAUAACUGAUACAUGUUUAGACAGAUUUUUAUAAUCGCCUCCACCCUCUGGUCAAUAUAUACUUCUGCUUCUGUAAGGUCAUCCUCAUUUACUCCUGUCUGAGUGUAGCUGCUGGAUUACAAUGCAAACUGUACCACACAGAAGACUUGAUUCUGUUUUCUAGCAUGGGAACCCUCUGGCACUUACAAUACACCUUGAUUUUAUUCUGUAUUUCAGUGCUGAAUACUGCAGGGAUCAAGCAAAGACCAACUGGUGGCCUGAGAACAUGGGAUCCUGAAACAGCUUACCUCACCAGAUGUGAUUUUAACAACAACUCAAGACCAUUUUGUGACUGGACCCAACCUUGCAAUGUCAACCAGGGACUGUGGAUACGAACCAAGCACGACACUCCAACUGAUGGAACGGGCCCUGAUGCAGACUAUCCUGAUGGAAAAGGCUAUUUCAUCUACCAAGAAGGAAGUAAUCUGGUCCCAUUCGACACUAACAGGCUUGAGAGCCCAAAUAUUUUCGUUUCUGAAAAAAUAUGCAUAGACUUCUGGUACUAUAUGUUUGGGUCAGAAGAGAUGAAUGAGCUGAGAGUGCUUGUCCAAGACAGCACAGGAGAGUCUGUGGUGUGGAGUCGGAAGGGAAAUCAGAGUUCCUUGUGGACCUAUGGUGCUGUCACUCACACUUUUCCAACACAGCAAACAAUAAAGGUAAUUUUUGAGGCUGUCCGAGGACUGACAGAGUAUGGGGAUACAGCACUGGACAAUGUGAGAGUAAGGGAUGGACCCUGUGAAGCUGUCCCUACCCCUGUACCACCAACACCUACACCAACAGAAUCUACGCCACGUCCUGUGACAGGCAAUGUGACUACAACACCAGGAACUGUCACCACCACACCGUCAGCACCCAUACCAAUCUUAGGCACCUGUGUGGUGGAAGGAGACCCUCACUACCACACGUUUGACAACCAGCUCCACCACUUCAUGGGCACCUGCACCUACACCCUCUCCAAGCUGUGUGAGAGCAACAGCUCGCUGCCCUACUUCAACGUGGAAGCAGCCAACGAGCACAGGGGAGGCAACACUCGCGUGUCCUAUGUCCAAUACGUGGACAUUGAUGUGUAUGGCUACAGGAUUAAUCUGGGUCAAAACAGAGUUGUUAAGGUUGAUGGAGUCAACCAGGUGGUCCCUCUGACCCUGGCACAAGGUGUCAGUAUUUCCCUCAGUGGGCAGUACGUUGUGGUUACUACCGACUUUGGGCUGAAGGUCAAGUUUGAUGGAAAUCACAGAGUAGAAAUCACUCUUCCUGGUACCUAUAUGUCUAAAGUUUGUGGAAUAUGUGGAAAUUAUAAUGGGGACAAAGCAGAUGACUUUCUUAACCCAGAUGGAGAGAUGGAAACAAACUCAGCCAACCUUGGCAACAGCUGGCAGGUUUACAACGACUCCAGGUGCUUGCCAGAUGAUGGCCAUACUCCAAACUGCACUGCUGAUGAAAAAGAUAUGAUCCAAAGCAAUGAAUACUGUGGUCUGAUCACAGAUCCCAGUGGUCCAUUCCAGAAUUGCCACUCCGUAAUUGAUCCACAAAGUUAUUUUUCAUCCUGCCAGUAUGAUCUCUGUGAGCUUCAUCUGAACAAUGAAGCCCUCUGUCAAAACCUGCAGGCUUAUGCAGACGUGUGCCAAGCUGCAGGAGUCCAGCUGACACCGUGGAGAAAUGCAACCUUCUGCCGUAAGUAUCAAAGAAAUUACCACUUAUCAGGAAGGUGUAUCUUUCAUUUCACAGCACUAACCUGCCCUGCCAACACUCACUACGAGCCCUGUGCUGCGGCCUGCCCUGCCACCUGUGUUGACCCACUAGCACCCUACAACUGCAGCCAACCGUGCGUGGAGGGAUGUGUGUGUGACAGCGGGUACCUGCUCUACAAUGACCGAUGCGUGCCCAGCCAGCAGUGUGGAUGCUGGCACAACGGGCAGCACUACCCCGUGGGCUCAGAGUUCUGGGCCGACAACACCUGCUCUUUAAAGUGCACGUGUCCUGCGCGGGGAAGCAAAGUCCAGUGCUCCAGUGCCUCAUGCCCUGCCAGCCAGUACUGUGGCGUGCAGAAUGGGAAACCUGAGUGCCUCGAACAGUCUUACGGCAUCUGCCACGUGCACGGUGACCCUCACUACUACACCUUUGACAAGGUGACGCACAACUUCAUGGGCACCUGCACCUACACCCUGGCCAAAGUGUGCUCCAACACCACCUCCCUGCCCUACUUCAAUGUCGAGGCCAUGAACGAGCAUCGUGGCAGCACCAGCGUGUCCUAUGUGCGCGAGGUCGUGGUUGAAGUCUACGGGGAGCGCAUCACCAUGGUCAAGGAGGAGACGAGCCAAGUGCUGGUGAACAAUGUGCGCCGGACCUUGCCGGUGAACGCAGCGGGAGGUGCCAUCACGGUGAGCAGGAGCGGCCGCUACAUCGUCCUGGAGACAGACUUCAACCUCAUAGUGUCCUACGACACUGACCACUCGGUGGAGGUGAAGGUGCCCACCACCUACUUCAACCUGACCUGUGGCAUGUGCGGGAACUUCAACAACCGGGGAGAGGACGAUUACAUGAUGCCCAACGGGCAGCAAGCUGCAAACACCAAUGAGCUUGGGGAGAGCUGGCAGGUCCCAGACGGAGACACCUCUUGCGGUGUCCCCGAAGCCCCCCCACCCUGCAGUGCAGAAGAGGAGACGCUCUACCGAUCGGACGAGUUCUGUGGCAUACUGACUGCCAGGCCUGGCUCUUUUGAGAGCUGCCACGCCGUGAUCAACCCCCAGAGCUACUUUGAGACCUGCUUCUAUGACCUUUGUGCCCUGCAUGGUGGCCAGGAGGUCCUGUGUGCUGCUCUGGAGGCCUACGCAGACGCAUGCCAGGCAGCGGGCGUGACUCUUCUUCCCUGGAGGAAUGCCACCUUCUGCCCUGUUCCAUGCCCACCCAAUAGUCAUUACAAUCCAUGCACCAGUGCUUGUCCAGCAACCUGCAUUGAUCCUCUUGCAUCAAUGAACUGCAGCAGGCCUUGUGUAGAAGGAUGUGAAUGCAACAAUGGUUUUGUCACCAGUGGGGAUCAGUGUGUGUCUAUGAGUAACUGUGGCUGCCUUCAGAAUGGCCAAUAUUAUGAGAAAGGAGAAACAUUUUGGCAAACCAACUGUGUAGGCUACUGUGUAUGUACUGGAAAUGGGAAUAUAGUUUGCAAUCCAGACACAUGUGAAGUAAGCGAAGUUUGCAAGGUGCAGAAUGGACUCCUGGGAUGUUAUCCAUUGAAUCCCAGCACCUGUCACAUUUUUGGAGAUCCACAUUAUAUAACCUUUGAUGGGAGACUGUACCAUUUCCAAGGAGACUGCAAUUAUACUGCUGUUGAGACAUGCACAAAUUCUUCUGAAUGGUUUUCAGUGACAACCAGAAAUGAACAUAGAGGAAACCCAAACUGGACAGCCUUGGACUCAGUUGCUGUCACUCUGCAAAACCUUCACAUUGUUUUGAGCAAAAAUAGAGAGACAUAUGUGAAUGGAGUCAAGGUUGAUCUUCCCGUGGAUUUGAAUCACCAAGUGAGAGUAGCUAUAAAAGGACAUUAUGUGGUCAUUGAUACCUCUAUAGGGAUCCAGGUCAAGUUUGAUGGUGACCAGGAGCUUUUUGUUCUGGUUGAUGAAAGUCUCAAAGGACAGCUGUGUGGUCUAUGUGGGACAUUCAAUGACAACCAACUGGAUGAUUUUCUAAAACCGGAUCAAGUCCUAGAACAGGAUGCAAAUAAAUUUGGUGACAGCUGGCUAGUGAAGGAUGACAACAGGACAUGUAAUCCAGUUACAGUCGUACCACCUGCUUGUGACACAGCAAAAGAGAAAGAAUAUGAAGAACUUUGCAAAAUUAUUUUGAAAAAUAAUGGGCCUUUUCAGGCCUGCCAUUGGCACAUUCCCCCACAGCUGUACUUUGAGAGCUGUGUCUAUGACCUGUGUGCCACAGAGGGGAAUUCUGGACAGUUUUGUAAGAUUUUAGAGGCAUAUGCUGCUGCCUGUGAACUUGGAGGUGUAAAUCUGGGUGAAUGGAGGGAAGACACCAUCUGUGGUACAACCUGCAAUAUGUCCUGUACAUUUGAUGUCGACUUCUGUGGAUGGGAACAGGCAACCAACGACAACUUUGACUGGAUAAGGCACAAGGGGCCGACACCCACACCAAAUACCGGCCCUUCCCAUGACCACACGACUGGAGAGGGCUAUUAUAUCUACCUGCAAGGAAGUGAGCAUGAGCCAAGUGAUGUAGCCCGCUUGAUCAGCCCAGAAUGCAGUUCAGAAGGACCACACUGCUUCCGUUUCUGGUAUCACAUGUAUGGCGAGGCUGAAGCAAUGGCAUUGCGCGUGUAUGUAGUUCAUGAUGAAACAUCCAUACUGGAAUGGAAAGUUGCUGGAAACAAAGGGGACACGUGGAACUUGGCAGAGAUCACGGUGUUCAGCGAAGGAAACAUGCGGAUUGUCUUGGAGGGCAUGAUAGGUGAAGAUUUCCGGAGCGACAUAGCAUUGGAUGACCUGUCCAUUAAAAAGGGAUCCUGCACAGCUGAUGUGACUACGACAACACCAGGAACUGCAACCACCACACCUUCAGCACCCAUACCAAUCCUAGGCACCUGUGUGGUGGAAGGAGACCCUCACUACCACACGUUUGACAACCAGCUCCACCACUUCAUGGGCACCUGCACCUACACCCUCUCCAAGCUGUGUGAGAGCAACAGCUCGCUGCCCUACUUCAACGUGGAAGCAGCCAACGAGCACAGGGGAGGCAACACUCGCGUGUCCUAUGUCCAAUACGUGGAUGUUGAUGUGUACGGCCAGAGGAUAAGGCUGGAGAAAGGCGGAGCAGUGACGGUCAACGGAGUGGCAGAGAUCCUGCCCUGCACCCCAGCCGUGGGCGUGCAGGUCUCAUCCAGUGGGUUCUACACAGUGAUCACAACAGACUUUGGCUUGACAGUGAAGUUUGAUGGGUCCCAUCGGGUGGAGGUGACGCUUCCGAGCACCUUUGGGCAGAAGGUUUGUGGCAUGUGCGGUAACUACAACGGAAUGGCAGCAGAUGACUUCCUGAACCCAGAAGGGGUGCUGGAGCCAGACUCCACCAGCCUGGGCAACAGCUGGCAGGUGUCCAACGACAGCAGCUGCUCAGCCGGACCGCCGCCCACCCCAGCCUGCACUGAGGCGGACAAGGAAGUCAUUGCCAGCAGCAGCUUCUGUGGGCUCCUCAGUGACACCAGCGGCCCGUUUCAGAUGUGCCACGCUGUGCUGAGCCCCAGCGCUUACUUUGACACCUGCCUUUAUGACCUGUGUGAGCUGGGGCUGGACCACGAGACCCUGUGCAAGAGCUUGCAGUCCUACGCAGAUGCCUGCCAGUCGCUUGGUGUCAAGAUCCCUGCAUGGAGGAACGCAACCUUCUGCCCCAUCAACUGUCCAGCGAACAGUCACUACGAGCCCUGUGCUGCGGCCUGCCCUGCCACCUGUGUUGACCCAAUGGCUCCUGUUACCUGCACCCAGCCGUGCGUGGAGGGAUGUGUGUGUGACAGCGGGUACCUGCUCUACAAUGACCGAUGCGUGCCCAGCCAGCAGUGCGGAUGCUGGCACAAUGGGCAGCACUACCCCGUGGGCUCAGAGUUCUGGGCCGACAACACCUGCUCUUUAAAGUGCACGUGUCCUGCGCGGGGAAGCAAAGUCCAGUGCUCCAGCGCCUCAUGCCCUGCCGGCCAGUACUGUGGCGUGCAGAAUGGGAAACCUGAGUGCCUCGAACAGUCUUACGGCAUCUGCCACGUGCACGGUGACCCUCACUACUACACCUUUGACAAGGUGACGCACAACUUCAUGGGCACCUGCACCUACACCCUGGCCAAAGUGUGCUCCAACACCACCUCCCUGCCCUACUUCAAUGUCGAGGCCAAGAACGAGCAUCGUGGCAGCACCAGCGUGUCCUAUGUGCGCGAGGUCGUGGUUGAAGUCUACGGGGAGCGCAUCACCAUGGUCAAGGAGGAGACGAGCCAAGUGCUGGUGAACAAUGUGCGCCGGACCUUGCCGGUGAGCGCAGCGGGAGGUGCCAUCACGGUGAGCAGGAGCGGCCGCUACAUCGUCCUGGAGACAGACUUCAACCUCAUAGUGUCCUACGACACUGACCACUCGGUGGAGGUGAAGGUGCCCACCACCUACUUCAACCUGACCUGUGGCAUGUGCGGGAACUUCAACAACCGGGGAGAGGACGAUUACAUGAUGCCCAACGGGCAGCAAGCUGCAAACACCAAUGAGCUUGGGGAGAGCUGGCAGGUCCCAGACGGAGACACCUCUUGCGGUGUCCCCGAAGCCCCCCCACCCUGCAGUGCAGAAGAGGAGACGCUCUACCGAUCGGACGAGUUCUGUGGCAUACUGACUGCCAGGCCUGGCUCUUUUGAGAGCUGCCACGCCGUGAUCAACCCCCAGAGCUACUUUGAGACCUGCUUCUAUGACCUUUGUGCCCUGCAUGGUGGCCAGGAGGUCCUGUGUGCUGCUCUGGAGGCCUACGCGGACGCAUGCCAGGCAGCGGGCGUGACUCUUCUUCCCUGGCGGAAUGCCACCUUCUGCCCACUGUCGUGCCCCGCCAACAGCUACUAUGACCCUUGCAUGACCGGCUGUCCUGCCACCUGUGUUGACCGGCAAGCCCCACAGAACUGCUCCAAGCCCUGCAUGGAGGGCUGUGCGUGUACCUCUGGCUUCCUCCUCAGCGGAGACACCUGUGUGCCCGAGGCCAACUGUGGCUGCCUCUUUGAGGGCAACUACUACAGCGAAGGCGAGUACUCUGUGAGCGAGAACUGCACUCGCCAGUGCCGGUGUGAAGCCAAUGGCCAAAUGAAUUGCUCUGCAUUGUCCUGUGCUGAGGACGAGGUGUGCAAGAUCCAGAACGGCCAGAGGGGCUGUUACCCAGCCAGCACUGCUCUCUGCCACAUCUAUGGCGACCCUCAUUACAGCACCUUCGAUGGGAAGCUUCACCACUUCCAGGGCGCCUGCAACUACACGGUGGUGACAGGCUGUGACAACUCCUCCGUUGGGUUCAGCAUCACCACCCGCAACGAACAUCGCGGCAGUCAGAGCUGGACAGCACUGAACUCUGUGGCACUGUCCAUGGAAGGCCUCCACAUUGAGCUGCGCAAGAACAAGGCCGUCUACAUCAACGGUGCUCUGGCCUCCCUGCCUGCUUCUCCUGCCCCCGGGGUGACCAUUUCCUUGAGCGGCUCCUACGUGCGGGUGUCUACCAGUCUGGGCCUGCAGCUGCAGUUCAAUGGGGACAAUGAGCUGCUAGUGACCGUGUCUGAGAAGUACAAGGGCAAACUGUGUGGGCUGUGUGGGACGUACACCGGGAGCCCGGAGGACGACUUCACGCGACCCGAUGGGGUGGUUGUGCCCAACUUCAAUGACUUUGGAAACAGCUGGAUGGUGCCGGAUGAUGAGUGGCCGUGUGACCCGGCCAUCAGCCCGCCUGUGUCUUGCUCCCCCGAGGAGGAGGAGGAAGCUGAGCAGCAGUGUGCAAUCCUCACGCAGCUCGGUGGCGCGUUCCAGCCGUGCCACGCAGUUCUGCCACCCAAUACGUACUUUGAGAGCUGUGUCUAUGACCAGUGUGCCACGGGUGGCAGCACGGAGCAGCUCUGCAAUGACCUGGGGGCCUAUGCCGCAGCCUGUGCUGAGGCAGGCGUUGCUCUGGGAGACUGGAGUGCUGGCACUAUCUGUGGUCCACUUUCUUCUACACCCUCGACCCCAUUGCCGGAUACCACAACACGGCCACCCCACACACCACCGCCAACAUCUCCUGGGCUGAGUUCAGGCACCUGUGUGGUGGAAGGAGACCCUCACUACCACACGUUUGACAACCAGCUCCACCACUUCAUGGGCACCUGCACCUACACCCUCUCCAAGCUGUGUGAGAGCAACAGCUCGCUGCCCUACUUCAACGUGGAAGCAGCCAACGAGCACAGGGGAGGCAACACUCGCGUGUCCUAUGUCCAAUACGUGGAUGUUGAUGUGUACGGCCAGAGGAUAAGGCUGGAGAAAGGCGGAGCGGUGACGGUCAACGGAGUGGCAGAGAUCCUGCCCUGCACCCCAGCCGUGGGCGUGCAGGUCUCAUCCAGUGGGUUCUACACAGUGAUCACAACAGACUUUGGCUUGACAGUGAAGUUUGAUGGGUCCCAUCGGGUGGAGGUGACGCUUCCGAGCACCUUUGGGCAGAAGGUUUGUGGCAUGUGCGGUAACUACAACGGAAUGGCAGCAGAUGACUUCCUGAACCCAGAAGGGGUGCUGGAGCCAGACUCCACCAGCCUGGGCAACAGCUGGCAGGUGUCCAACGACAGCAGCUGCUCAGCCGGACCGCCGCCCACCCCAGCCUGCACUGAGGCGGACAAGGAAGUCAUUGCCAGCAGCAGCUUCUGUGGGCUCCUCAGUGACACCAGCGGCCCGUUUCAGAUGUGCCACGCUGUGCUGAGCCCCAGCGCUUACUUUGACACCUGCCUUUAUGACCUGUGUGAGCUGGGGCUGGACCACGAGACCCUGUGCAAGAGCUUGCAGUCCUACGCAGAUGCCUGCCAGUCGCUUGGUGUCAAGAUCCCUGCAUGGAGGAACGCAACCUUCUGCCCCAUCAACUGUCCAGCGAACAGUCACUACGAGCCCUGUGCUGCGGCCUGCCCUGCCACCUGUGUUGACCCAAUGGCUCCUGUUACCUGCACCCAGCCGUGCGUGGAGGGAUGUGUGUGUGACAGCGGGUACCUGCUCUACAAUGACCGAUGCGUGCCCAGCCAGCAGUGCGGAUGCUGGCACAAUGGGCAGCACUACCCCGUGGGCUCAGAGUUCUGGGCCGACAACACCUGCUCUUUAAAGUGCACGUGUCCUGCGCGGGGAAGCAAAGUCCAGUGCUCCAGCGCCUCAUGCCCUGCCGGCCAGUACUGUGGCGUGCAGAAUGGGAAACCUGAGUGCCUCGAACAGUCUUACGGCAUCUGCCACGUGCACGGUGACCCUCACUACUACACCUUUGACAAGGUGACGCACAACUUCAUGGGCACCUGCACCUACACCCUGGCCAAAGUGUGCUCCAACACCACCUCCCUGCCCUACUUCAAUGUCGAGGCCAAGAACGAGCAUCGUGGCAGCACCAGCGUGUCCUAUGUGCGCGAGGUCGUGGUUGAAGUCUACGGGGAGCGCAUCACCAUGGUCAAGGAGGAGACGAGCCAAGUGCUGGUGAACAAUGUGCGCCGGACCUUGCCGGUGAGCGCAGCGGGAGGUGCCAUCACGGUGAGCAGGAGCGGCCGCUACAUCGUCCUGGAGACAGACUUCAACCUCAUAGUGUCCUACGACACUGACCACUCGGUGGAGGUGAAGGUGCCCACCACCUACUUCAACCUGACCUGUGGCAUGUGCGGGAACUUCAACAACCGGGGAGAGGACGAUUACAUGAUGCCCAACGGGCAGCAAGCUGCAAACACCAAUGAGCUUGGGGAGAGCUGGCAGGUCCCAGACGGAGACACCUCUUGCGGUGUCCCCGAAGCCCCCCCACCCUGCAGUGCAGAAGAGGAGACGCUCUACCGAUCGGACGAGUUCUGUGGCAUACUGACUGCCAGGCCUGGCUCUUUUGAGAGCUGCCACGCCGUGAUCAACCCCCAGAGCUACUUUGAGACCUGCUUCUAUGACCUUUGUGCCCUGCAUGGUGGCCAGGAGGUCCUGUGUGCUGCUCUGGAGGCCUACGCGGACGCAUGCCAGGCAGCGGGCGUGACUCUUCUUCCCUGGCGGAAUGCCACCUUCUGCCCACUGUCGUGCCCCGCCAACAGCUACUAUGACCCUUGCAUGACCGGCUGUCCUGCCACCUGUGUUGACCGGCAAGCCCCACAGAACUGCUCCAAGCCCUGCAUGGAGGGCUGUGCGUGUACCUCUGGCUUCCUCCUCAGCGGAGACACCUGUGUGCCCGAGGCCAACUGUGGCUGCCUCUUUGAGGGCAACUACUACAGCGAAGGCGAGUACUCUGUGAGCGAGAACUGCACUCGCCAGUGCCGGUGUGAAGCCAAUGGCCAAAUGAAUUGCUCUGCAUUGUCCUGUGCUGAGGACGAGGUGUGCAAGAUCCAGAACGGCCAGAGGGGCUGUUACCCAGCCAGCACUGCUCUCUGCCACAUCUAUGGCGACCCUCAUUACAGCACCUUCGAUGGGAAGCUUCACCACUUCCAGGGCGCCUGCAACUACACGGUGGUGACAGGCUGUGACAACUCCUCCGUUGGGUUCAGCAUCACCACCCGCAACGAACAUCGCGGCAGUCAGAGCUGGACAGCACUGAACUCUGUGGCACUGUCCAUGGAAGGCCUCCACAUUGAGCUGCGCAAGAACAAGGCCGUCUACAUCAACGGUGCUCUGGCCUCCCUGCCUGCUUCUCCUGCCCCCGGGGUGACCAUUUCCUUGAGCGGCUCCUACGUGCGGGUGUCUACCAGUCUGGGCCUGCAGCUGCAGUUCAAUGGGGACAAUGAGCUGCUAGUGACCGUGUCUGAGAAGUACAAGGGCAAACUGUGUGGGCUGUGUGGGACGUACACCGGGAGCCCGGAGGACGACUUCACGCGACCCGAUGGGGUGGUUGUGCCCAACUUCAAUGACUUUGGAAACAGCUGGAUGGUGCCGGAUGAUGAGUGGCCGUGUGACCCGGCCAUCAGCCCGCCUGUGUCUUGCUCCCCCGAGGAGGAGGAGGAAGCUGAGCAGCAGUGUGCAAUCCUCACGCAGCUCGGUGGCGCGUUCCAGCCGUGCCACGCAGUUCUGCCACCCAAUACGUACUUUGAGAGCUGUGUCUAUGACCAGUGUGCCACGGGUGGCAGCACGGAGCAGCUCUGCAAUGACCUGGGGGCCUAUGCCGCAGCCUGUGCUGAGGCAGGCGUUGCUCUGGGAGACUGGAGUGCUGGCACUAUCUGUGGUCCACUUUCUUCUACACCCUCGACCCCAUUGCCGGAUACCACAACACGGCCACCCCACACACCACCGCCAACAUCUCCUGGGCUGAGUUCAGGCACCUGUGUGGUGGAAGGAGACCCUCACUACCACACGUUUGACAACCAGCUCCACCACUUCAUGGGCACCUGCACCUACACCCUCUCCAAGCUGUGUGAGAGCAACAGCUCGCUGCCCUACUUCAACGUGGAAGCAGCCAACGAGCACAGGGGAGGCAACACUCGCGUGUCCUAUGUCCAAUACGUGGAUGUUGAUGUGUACGGCCAGAGGAUAAGGCUGGAGAAAGGCGGAGCGGUGACGGUCAACGGAGUGGCAGAGAUCCUGCCCUGCACCCCAGCCGUGGGCGUGCAGGUCUCAUCCAGUGGGUUCUACACAGUGAUCACAACAGACUUUGGCUUGACAGUGAAGUUUGAUGGGUCCCAUCGGGUGGAGGUGACGCUUCCGAGCACCUUUGGGCAGAAGGUUUGUGGCAUGUGCGGUAACUACAACGGAAUGGCAGCAGAUGACUUCCUGAACCCAGAAGGGGUGCUGGAGCCAGACUCCACCAGCCUGGGCAACAGCUGGCAGGUGUCCAACGACAGCAGCUGCUCAGCCGGACCGCCGCCCACCCCAGCCUGCACUGAGGCGGACAAGGAAGUCAUUGCCAGCAGCAGCUUCUGUGGGCUCCUCAGUGACACCAGCGGCCCGUUUCAGAUGUGCCACGCUGUGCUGAGCCCCAGCGCUUACUUUGACACCUGCCUUUAUGACCUGUGUGAGCUGGGGCUGGACCACGAGACCCUGUGCAAGAGCUUGCAGUCCUACGCAGAUGCCUGCCAGUCGCUUGGUGUCAAGAUCCCUGCAUGGAGGAACGCAACCUUCUGCCCCAUCAACUGUCCAGCGAACAGUCACUACGAGCCCUGUGCUGCGGCCUGCCCUGCCACCUGUGUUGACCCAAUGGCUCCUGUUACCUGCACCCAGCCGUGCGUGGAGGGAUGUGUGUGUGACAGCGGGUACCUGCUCUACAAUGACCGAUGCGUGCCCAGCCAGCAGUGCGGAUGCUGGCACAAUGGGCAGCACUACCCCGUGGGCUCAGAGUUCUGGGCCGACAACACCUGCUCUUUAAAGUGCACGUGUCCUGCGCGGGGAAGCAAAGUCCAGUGCUCCAGCGCCUCAUGCCCUGCCGGCCAGUACUGUGGCGUGCAGAAUGGGAAACCUGAGUGCCUCGAACAGUCUUACGGCAUCUGCCACGUGCACGGUGACCCUCACUACUACACCUUUGACAAGGUGACGCACAACUUCAUGGGCACCUGCACCUACACCCUGGCCAAAGUGUGCUCCAACACCACCUCCCUGCCCUACUUCAAUGUCGAGGCCAAGAACGAGCAUCGUGGCAGCACCAGCGUGUCCUAUGUGCGCGAGGUCGUGGUUGAAGUCUACGGGGAGCGCAUCACCAUGGUCAAGGAGGAGACGAGCCAAGUGCUGGUGAACAAUGUGCGCCGGACCUUGCCGGUGAGCGCAGCGGGAGGUGCCAUCACGGUGAGCAGGAGCGGCCGCUACAUCGUCCUGGAGACAGACUUCAACCUCAUAGUGUCCUACGACACUGACCACUCGGUGGAGGUGAAGGUGCCCACCACCUACUUCAACCUGACCUGUGGCAUGUGCGGGAACUUCAACAACCGGGGAGAGGACGAUUACAUGAUGCCCAACGGGCAGCAAGCUGCAAACACCAAUGAGCUUGGGGAGAGCUGGCAGGUCCCAGACGGAGACACCUCUUGCGGUGUCCCCGAAGCCCCCCCACCCUGCAGUGCAGAAGAGGAGACGCUCUACCGAUCAGACGAGUUCUGUGGCAUACUGACUGCCAGGCCUGGCUCUUUUGAGAGCUGCCACGCCGUGAUCAACCCCCAGAGCUACUUUGAGACCUGCUUCUAUGACCUUUGUGCCCUGCAUGGUGGCCAGGAGGUCCUGUGUGCUGCUCUGGAGGCCUACGCGGACGCAUGCCAGGCAGCGGGCGUGACUCUUCUUCCCUGGCGGAAUGCCACCUUCUGCCCACUGUCGUGCCCCGCCAACAGCUACUAUGACCCUUGCAUGACCGGCUGUCCUGCCACCUGUGUUGACCGGCAAGCCCCACAGAACUGCUCCAAGCCCUGCAUGGAGGGCUGUGCGUGUACCUCUGGCUUCCUCCUCAGCGGAGACACCUGUGUGCCCGAGGCCAACUGUGGCUGCCUCUUUGAGGGCAACUACUACAGCGAAGGCGAGUACUCUGUGAGCGAGAACUGCACUCGCCAGUGCCGGUGUGAAGCCAAUGGCCAAAUGAAUUGCUCUGCAUUGUCCUGUGCUGAGGACGAGGUGUGCAAGAUCCAGAACGGCCAGAGGGGCUGUUACCCAGCCAGCACUGCUCUCUGCCACAUCUAUGGCGACCCUCAUUACAGCACCUUCGAUGGGAAGCUUCACCACUUCCAGGGCGCCUGCAACUACACGGUGGUGACAGGCUGUGACAACUCCUCCGUUGGGUUCAGCAUCACCACCCGCAACGAACAUCGCGGCAGUCAGAGCUGGACAGCACUGAACUCUGUGGCACUGUCCAUGGAAGGCCUCCACAUUGAGCUGCGCAAGAACAAGGCCGUCUACAUCAACGGUGCUCUGGCCUCCCUGCCUGCUUCUCCUGCCCCCGGGGUGACCAUUUCCUUGAGCGGCUCCUACGUGCGGGUGUCUACCAGUCUGGGCCUGCAGCUGCAGUUCAAUGGGGACAAUGAGCUGCUAGUGACCGUGUCUGAGAAGUACAAGGGCAAACUGUGUGGGCUGUGUGGGACGUACACCGGGAGCCCGGAGGACGACUUCACGCGACCCGAUGGGGUGGUUGUGCCCAACUUCAAUGACUUUGGAAACAGCUGGAUGGUGCCGGAUGAUGAGUGGCCGUGUGACCCGGCCAUCAGCCCGCCUGUGUCUUGCUCCCCCGAGGAGGAGGAGGAAGCUGAGCAGCAGUGUGCAAUCCUCACGCAGCUCGGUGGCGCGUUCCAGCCGUGCCACGCAGUUCUGCCACCCAAUACGUACUUUGAGAGCUGUGUCUAUGACCAGUGUGCCACGGGUGGCAGCACGGAGCAGCUCUGCAAUGACCUGGGGGCCUAUGCCGCAGCCUGUGCUGAGGCAGGCGUUGCUCUGGGAGACUGGAGUGCUGGCACUAUCUGUGGUCCACUUUCUUCUACACCCUCGACCCCAUUGCCGGAUACCACAACACGGCCACCCCACACACCACCGCCAACAUCUCCUGGGCUGAGUUCAGGCACCUGUGUGGUGGAAGGAGACCCUCACUACCACACGUUUGACAACCAGCUCCACCACUUCAUGGGCACCUGCACCUACACCCUCUCCAAGCUGUGUGAGAGCAACAGCUCGCUGCCCUACUUCAACGUGGAAGCAGCCAACGAGCACAGGGGAGGCAACACUCGCGUGUCCUAUGUCCAAUACGUGGAUGUUGAUGUGUACGGCCAGAGGAUAAGGCUGGAGAAAGGCGGAGCGGUGACGGUCAACGGAGUGGCAGAGAUCCUGCCCUGCACCCCAGCCGUGGGCGUGCAGGUCUCAUCCAGUGGGUUCUACACAGUGAUCACAACAGACUUUGGCUUGACAGUGAAGUUUGAUGGGUCCCAUCGGGUGGAGGUGACGCUUCCGAGCACCUUUGGGCAGAAGGUUUGUGGCAUGUGCGGUAACUACAACGGAAUGGCAGCAGAUGACUUCCUGAACCCAGAAGGGGUGCUGGAGCCAGACUCCACCAGCCUGGGCAACAGCUGGCAGGUGUCCAACGACAGCAGCUGCUCAGCCGGACCGCCGCCCACCCCAGCCUGCACUGAGGCGGACAAGGAAGUCAUUGCCAGCAGCAGCUUCUGUGGGCUCCUCAGUGACACCAGCGGCCCGUUUCAGAUGUGCCACGCUGUGCUGAGCCCCAGCGCUUACUUUGACACCUGCCUUUAUGACCUGUGUGAGCUGGGGCUGGACCACGAGACCCUGUGCAAGAGCUUGCAGUCCUACGCAGAUGCCUGCCAGUCGCUUGGUGUCAAGAUCCCUGCAUGGAGGAACGCAACCUUCUGCCCCAUCAACUGUCCAGCGAACAGUCACUACGAGCCCUGUGCUGCGGCCUGCCCUGCCACCUGUGUUGACCCAAUGGCUCCUGUUACCUGCACCCAGCCGUGCGUGGAGGGAUGUGUGUGUGACAGCGGGUACCUGCUCUACAAUGACCGAUGCGUGCCCAGCCAGCAGUGCGGAUGCUGGCACAAUGGGCAGCACUACCCCGUGGGCUCAGAGUUCUGGGCCGACAACACCUGCUCUUUAAAGUGCACGUGUCCUGCGCGGGGAAGCAAAGUCCAGUGCUCCAGCGCCUCAUGCCCUGCCGGCCAGUACUGUGGCGUGCAGAAUGGGAAACCUGAGUGCCUCGAACAGUCUUACGGCAUCUGCCACGUGCACGGUGACCCUCACUACUACACCUUUGACAAGGUGACGCACAACUUCAUGGGCACCUGCACCUACACCCUGGCCAAAGUGUGCUCCAACACCACCUCCCUGCCCUACUUCAAUGUCGAGGCCAAGAACGAGCAUCGUGGCAGCACCAGCGUGUCCUAUGUGCGCGAGGUCGUGGUUGAAGUCUACGGGGAGCGCAUCACCAUGGUCAAGGAGGAGACGAGCCAAGUGCUGGUGAACAAUGUGCGCCGGACCUUGCCGGUGAGCGCAGCGGGAGGUGCCAUCACGGUGAGCAGGAGCGGCCGCUACAUCGUCCUGGAGACAGACUUCAACCUCAUAGUGUCCUACGACACUGACCACUCGGUGGAGGUGAAGGUGCCCACCACCUACUUCAACCUGACCUGUGGCAUGUGCGGGAACUUCAACAACCGGGGAGAGGACGAUUACAUGAUGCCCAACGGGCAGCAAGCUGCAAACACCAAUGAGCUUGGGGAGAGCUGGCAGGUCCCAGACGGAGACACCUCUUGCGGUGUCCCCGAAGCCCCCCCACCCUGCAGUGCAGAAGAGGAGACGCUCUACCGAUCGGACGAGUUCUGUGGCAUACUGACUGCCAGGCCUGGCUCUUUUGAGAGCUGCCACGCCGUGAUCAACCCCCAGAGCUACUUUGAGACCUGCUUCUAUGACCUUUGUGCCCUGCAUGGUGGCCAGGAGGUCCUGUGUGCUGCUCUGGAGGCCUACGCGGACGCAUGCCAGGCAGCGGGCGUGACUCUUCUUCCCUGGCGGAAUGCCACCUUCUGCCCACUGUCGUGCCCCGCCAACAGCUACUAUGACCCUUGCAUGACCGGCUGUCCUGCCACCUGUGUUGACCGGCAAGCCCCACAGAACUGCUCCAAGCCCUGCAUGGAGGGCUGUGCGUGUACCUCUGGCUUCCUCCUCAGCGGAGACACCUGUGUGCCCGAGGCCAACUGUGGCUGCCUCUUUGAGGGCAACUACUACAGCGAAGGCGAGUACUCUGUGAGCGAGAACUGCACUCGCCAGUGCUGGUGUGAAGCCAAUGGCCAAAUGAAUUGCUCUGCAUUGUCCUGUGCUGAGGACGAGGUGUGCAAGAUCCAGAACGGCCAGAGGGGCUGUUACCCAGCCAGCACUGCUCUCUGCCACAUCUAUGGUGACCCUCAUUACAGCACCUUCGAUGGGAAGCUUCACCACUUCCAGGGCGCCUGCAACUACACGGUGGUGACAGGCUGUGACAACUCCUCCGUUGGGUUCAGCAUCACCACCCGCAACGAACAUCGCGGCAGUCAGAGCUGGACAGCACUGAACUCUGUGGCACUGUCCAUGGAAGGCCUCCACAUUGAGCUGCGCAAGAACAAGGCCGUCUACAUCAACGGUGCUCUGGCCUCCCUGCCUGCUUCUCCUGCCCCCGGGGUGACCAUUUCCUUGAGCGGCUCCUACGUGCGGGUGUCUACCAGUCUGGGCCUGCAGCUGCAGUUCAAUGGGGACAAUGAGCUGCUAGUGACCGUGUCUGAGAAGUACAAGGGCAAACUGUGUGGGCUGUGUGGGACGUACACCGGGAGCCCGGAGGACGACUUCACGCGACCCGAUGGGGUGGUUGUGCCCAACUUCAAUGACUUUGGAAACAGCUGGAUGGUGCCGGAUGAUGAGUGGCCGUGUGACCCGGCCAUCAGCCCGCCUGUGUCUUGCUCCCCCAAGGAGGAGGAGGAAGCUGAGCAGCAGUGUGCAAUCCUCACGCAGCUCGGUGGCGCGUUCCAGCCGUGCCACGCAGUUCUGCCACCCAAUACGUACUUUGAGAGCUGUGUCUAUGACCAGUGUGCCACGGGUGGCAGCACGGAGCAGCUCUGCAAUGACCUGGGGGCCUAUGCCGCAGCCUGUGCUGAGGCAGGCGUUGCUCUGGAAGACUGGAGCGCUGGCACUAUCUGUGGUCCAUCAACCACGGCACCUGGGACCUCCUUGCCAGACACCACAACACCACGUCCGCCUACACCAAAACCCACACCAAGUUCAGGUCCAUCGACAUCAAAACCCACAGUCCCCUUGCCAGGCACUACAACACAGCCUCCACGUACAACACCACCACCAGCACCUGGGACAAGCACAGCUCCUCCAGGAGACUGCAAUUUUGCCUGCACAUUCGACAGCGACUUCUGUGACUGGGUCCUGGCAGAUUACAGCAGCAUUGAGUGGAUAAGGCACAAAGGUCCAACGCCCACGCAAAAUACCGGCCCCUCCUCUGACCACACGACAGGAGACGGCUACUACAUCUACCUGCAAGGGAGAGAUGCCCUCCCCGGCUUUGUGGCUGAGCUGGUCAGUCCAGUGUGCAGUUCGGAAGGACCGCACUGCUUCCGCUUCUGGUAUCACAUGUAUGGAGAGGCUACAACAAUGGCCCUGCGGGUGUACGUGGUUACGGGCAAAGACAGAGUGCUGGUAUGGAGCAGCGUUGGGAAUCACGGGGACACAUGGAACUUGGGAGAGGUCACGUUGCAGAGCACAGGAGACUUCCAGAUUGUCCUGGAGGGAGAAUGGGGUGAAAAUGUCUGGAGCGACGUAGCCUUGGAUGACCUGUCCAUUGAAAAGGGAUCCUGCACAGGUCCAUCAACCACGGCACCUGGGACCUCCUUGCCAGACACCACAACACCACGUCCGCUUACACCAAAACCCACACCAGGUUCAGGUCCAUCGACAUCAAAACCCACAGUCCCCUUGCCAGGCACUACAACACAGCCUCCACGUACAACAACACCACCAGCACCUGGGACAAGCACAGGUCCACUUCCCCCAACACCCUCGACCCCACUGCCGGACACCACAACGCAACUACCCCACACACAAGGAACAUCAUCUCCUGGGACAACCUCAGGUCCAUCAACCACGGCACCUGGAACCUCCUUGCCAGACACCACAACACCACCUCUGAUUACACCAAGACCCACACCAAGUUCAGGUCCAUCGACAUCAAAACCCACAGUCCCCUUGCCAGGCACUACAACACAGCCUCCACGUACAACACCACCACCAGCACCUGGGACAAGCACAGCUCCUCCAGGAGACUGCAAUUUUGCCUGCACAUUCGACAGCGACUUCUGUGACUGGGUCCUGGCAGAUUACAGCAGCAUUGAGUGGAUAAGGCACAAAGGUCCAACGCCCACGCAAAAUACCGGCCCCUCCUCUGACCACACGACAGGAGACGGCUACUACAUCUACCUGCAAGGGAGAGAUGCCCUCCCCGGCUUUGUGGCUGAGCUGGUCAGUCCAGUGUGCAGUUCGGAAGGACCGCACUGCUUCCGCUUCUGGUAUCACAUGUAUGGAGAGGCUACAACAAUGGCCCUGCGGGUGUACGUGGUUACGGGCAAAGACAGAGUGCUGGUAUGGAGCAGCGUUGGGAAUCACGGGGACACAUGGAACUUGGGAGAGGUCACGUUGCAGAGCACAGGAGACUUCCAGAUUGUCCUGGAGGGAGAAUGGGGUGAAAAUGUCUGGAGCGACGUAGCCUUGGAUGACCUGUCCAUUGAAAAGGGAUCCUGCACAGGUCCAUCAACCACGGCACCUGGGACCUCCUUGCCAGACACCACAACACCACGUCCGCUUACACCAAAACCCACACCAGGUUCAGGUCCAUCGACAUCAAAACCCACAGUCCCCUUGCCAGGCACUACAACACAGCCUCCACGUACAACACCACCACCAGCACCUGGGACAAGCACAGCUCCUCCAGGAGACUGCAAUUUUGCCUGCACAUUCGACAACGACUUCUGUGACUGGGUCCUGGCAGAUUACAGCAGCAUUGAGUGGAUAAGGCACAAAGGUCCAACGCCCACGCAAAAUACCGGCCCCUCCUCUGACCACACGACAGGAGACGGCUACUACAUCUACCUGCAAGGGAGAGAUGCCCUCCCCGGCUUUGUGGCUGAGCUGGUCAGUCCAGUGUGCAGUUCGGAAGGACCGCACUGCUUCCGCUUCUGGUAUCACAUGUAUGGAGAGGCUACAACAAUGGCCCUGCGGGUGUACGUGGUUACGGGCAAAGACAGAGUGCUGGUAUGGAGCAGCGUUGGGAAUCACGGGGACACAUGGAACUUGGGAGAGGUCACGUUGCAGAGCACAGGAGACUUCCAGAUUGUCCUGGAGGGAGAAUGGGGUGAAAAUGUCUGGAGCGACGUAGCCUUGGAUGACCUGUCCAUUGAAAAGGGAUCCUGCACAGGUCCAUCAACCACGGCACCUGGGACCUCCUUGCCAGACACCACAACACCACGUCCGCUUACACCAAAACCCACACCAGGUUCAGGUCCAUCGACAUCAAAACCCACAGUCCCCUUGCCAGGCACUACAACACAGCCUCCACGUACAACACCACCACCAGCACCUGGGACAAGCACAGGUCCACUUCCCCCAACACCCUCGACCCCACUGCCGGACACCACAACGCAACUGCCCCACACACAAGGAACAUCAUCUCCUGGGACAACCUCAGGUCCAUCAACCACGGCACCUGGAACCUCCUUGCCAGACACCACAACACCACCUCUGAUUACACCAAGACCCACACCAAGUUCAGGUCCAUCGACAUCAAAACCCACAGUCCCCUUGCCAGGCACUACAACACAGCCUCCACGCACACAAUCACCACCAAGACCCACACCGAGCUCAGACCGUGCUUCCUGCAGUGCCUUUGGGGAUCCACAUUAUGACACUUUUGACCAUAGAGUUCAUAAUUUCAUGGGAAAUUGCACUUACACUCUCUCCAAAGUGUGCAACAUCUCCGAAACACUUCCAUACUUUGAUGUAUCCACAUCAAAUGAGCACAGAGGAGUGAACACCAAAGUCUCUUAUGUGAAGUCAGUGCAAGUAGAAGUCUAUGGCAACCAGAUUUCUUUGCUAAAAAACAAGAAAGUUAAUGUGAAUGGCACUAGAAUGAACCUGCCUAUACUUAUUGAAAAGAAGAUCAGUAUUCAAAGCAGUGGUGGAUAUAUUCUCUUGGAAACUGACUUUGGACUGUGGGUGAGAUAUGAUGGAAAUCACUAUGCAGAAGUCUCUGUGCCCUCUAGUUACAGCGGUCUGCUCUGUGGCCUUUGUGGUAAUUAUAAUGGUGAUCCAAAUGAUGACAACAUAAAGCCCAAUGGAGACAUUGCAAGUACUUCCACUGAUCUUGGAGAAAGCUGGCUUGUGCCUGAGAAUAACACCAUAUGCUCCAGUGAGACAGAAGAGCAAUGUGAUCCUGUGCUGGAGAGUGAAGCAAAGAAGAACACAGCAUGUGGCAUGAUCACAGACUCAACAGGAAUCUUCAAGGAUUGUCAUACCAAAGUGUCUCCAGAGAAUUUCUUUGACAACUGUGUUUAUGAUAUGUGUUUCACUGAUGGACUGGCAACAUCCUUAUGCUAUGCACUGCAGGCCUAUGCCGAGUCAUGUAUCAAUGCUGGAAUAUGCAUAGAGUGGAGGAAUGCUACUCUCUGCCCAAUGUCCUGUCCUGGAGGCAGCAUCUACAAGAGCUGUGGCACUAGGUGUCCCUCUACCUGUCUGAACAUCUCAGCAGUUGAUUCCUGCAGUUCCUUACCAGUGGAAGGUUGCUUCUGUAAGGAAGGCUAUGUUUUGAGUGGAGACAAAUGUGUGCCCGAAAGCAGCUGUGGUUGUCUUGAUGAGAAAAACCAGUAUCACCAGCUGGAUGAAAGCUGGUUCACCAGUUAUCCCUGCACUGAGCGCUGUACCUGCAAGGCUAAUAACAACACUGAAUGCACACCCUGGGAGUGUGGAGUCCGAGAGGAAUGCAGUGUUCAGGAUGGUGUGCUGGGCUGUCAUUCCAAUGGCCAAGCAACAUGUCAAGUAGCAGGAGAUCCCCAUUAUUUCACUUUUGAUGGAAAGAUGUACACUUUUAUGGGUACCUGCACAUACACCUUGGUUGAGGUUGUCAACAACAACAGUGUCAUCCCUAUAACCAUCCUUGGCAAGAAUGAAGACAGAGGACUAAGAGGAGCCACAUACCUGAAAGAAGUCUACAUAGAUGUGUAUGGUGUACGAAUCACUCUCCAGAAAAGCCAAGGAAUCCUGCUGAACAAUGAGAGAGUCUACACUCCACUGGAGAACCGCGUGCGAGGUCUGUCCAUUGAAAGUGUUGGCAGAUUUAUAGUAGUGGAAACUGACUUUGGUGUGAUAGUGAAAUAUGAUGGCAAUCACCAUCUGGAAAUCACCCUCCCACAUUCUUAUUUCUCAAAGGUACAUGGUAUGUGUGGUAACUUCAAUGAUAAUGGUGAAGAUGAUCUGUCCUUGCCCAAUGGUACACUCGUCAGUGCCACAGAGUUUGGAAAUAGCUGGAAAGUGGAGGAAGACAGUGAUGCAGGUUGUUUACCAGACUUAAGAGAAGAUGAUAGUCCUCCUUGCACUGCUGAGAAUAGACCGGCCAUUGAAAGCCAGUGCAAUGUCCUAAAAUCAGACAAAUUCGAAGUAUGUCAUAAUCUAGUCAAGCCUGAAGACUUCAUAGAGAGCUGCAUCUAUGACAUGUGCCAGUAUGAUGGCAUGAAGUCCACGCUCUGUGACAUAGUUCAAGUCUAUGUGGACACCUGCAGGAGUUAUGGGAUCACCAUUAAAUGGAGGAACAGCACAUUCUGUCCAUUGGCCUGUCCACCCAACAGCCAUUACACGGACUGUGUUUCCACCUGCCCAUCAACAUGCAAUGACAUUUUUGCCUCUUCCCUUUGUGAGAAGACAGAAGAGUGCACAGAGGGCUGUGAGUGUGAUGAUAAUCAUGUGCUGAGUAAUGGCAACUGUGUACCUCUGAGCAAUUGUGGCUGCAGAGAUGAUGACAACAAUUACUACAGUGCUGGGGAGACCUGGGUAACUCCACACUGCACCAGCAGAUGCGAGUGUCAGCAGAACGGUGUGAUCCAAUGUAAGAGCUAUAGCUGUGAUUCUAAUGAAGUCUGCGGGAUCAAAAAUGGAAAACACAAGUGCAACCCAACAGGUUUUGGGAAAUGCCAGAUCAUGGGCGAUCCACACUAUAUCACCUUCGAUCAUCUGGUCCACCACUUUCAAGGGAGAUUCACAUAUAUUCUGGUUCAGACCAUCCCUGACCUACCUGAUACUCUGACACAAUUCAGCGUUGAAGGCGUGAACUAUCCUCUUCCACGAAAUAAGCGCAUUACUUACCUGAAAGAGGUUCUCAUCAAUGUUUACGGUCACACAGUGCGAUUCAGGCAGAACAAGGAGGUGCUGUUGGAUGGUGUGAGGGUAAGAACUCCUGCUUAUCCUCAUGAAGGUAUUCAUAUAUAUCGGAGGACAACAAGAAUUUACCUGCAGACAGAUUUUGGCUUAUACCUGAGCUUUGAUGGCAAUCAAAAUGCAGAUAUAAAGCUGGCCACCACCUACAGAAACAGAGUGGAAGGCUUGUGUGGUAACUUUGAUGGGAUAUCUAGAAAUGACUUCACAAAGCCAGAUGGUGUUCAGGUGAAGAAUGUGAAUGCAUUUGGUAACAGCUGGAAAGUUCCUGUGGAAAGAACAACCUCUCGUUUCAGACGAGAUGUCAGUUCAGAUGAGGAGUCUGAGGAGGAACUAGAUACAGGGCUCUUCCAAGGCUGCAAUGAAGAUCAGCUGAAGCAAGAAAGCAGAAUCUCUAGAUGUCAAAUCCUGAUGGACUCAGAUGGUCCUUUUGCAAACUGUCAUUCUACAGUCUCACCAGACUUCUAUUACACGAGCUGCCUGUUUGAUAUGUGUGAGGAAGGAGAUGAGGAUGCUGUCCUGUGUCGCAGUCUGGAGGCGUACGUGCUGGAUUGUCAGCAGCAAGAAGUCAGGAUGGAUGGCUGGAGGCAACAGACAGUUUGUGCUUUGUCCUGUCCUGCCAACAGCAACUACAGCUCAUGCAUGUCCGCAUGCCCAGCAUCCUGCAUGGACUUCACCAGCCCCUCCGAGUGUGAAUCACCGUGUGUUGAAGGCUGUGAAUGUCUCCCUGGCUACAUUCUCAGUGGUUCUGACUGUGUGCCUUACAAGCAAUGUGGCUGCACGUACCUUGACAAAUACUAUGAGAUUGGAGAAAUAUUCACCAUUGAUGACUGCUCUCAGGAAUGCCGGUGCACAGAGAGCUCCACUGUCUCCUGUACUAUAAACUCUUGUGGAUCUGAUAAAAUCUGUGGCAUUUCAAACUACACUCGUGGAUGCUACAGGAGUGGACCAUGUAUGCCAAAUCCUUGUAAGAAUGAUGGAGUUUGCUCCGAAACCAACAGCACCUCUGUCCCAUUCUACUGUGAAUGUUCAGAACUGUACACAGGACAAAGCUGUGACAUUGAAAGGACAGUUGACACUCCCACAAAGGAUUCUGACAGCCAUAUAACUGCCAUCAUCAUUGGAGUUGUUGCAGGAGUUGUUGUUAUUGUCAUUCUGGUCUCCUCUGCAGUCUACCUGUACAGGAAAAGAAAGACGGCUACAGCUACGAUAUCAAGGGAUUCUUCUUUGGCAUGGUCCAGGGAUGCAUUGAAUGAUAGAGUACACACACAAGAUUAUGGCUACGUCGUGAACACCGCAUUUGAUCAAAAUUAAUCCCAAAAUACUUACCCAUAGUUAGCAAUAUUUUUUCAAUUUAUUUGUAUUACUUUCUGCUCUUGUAUUUUACAAAUUUAUUGUAUUUAAGUAAUAUUAAUAAAUAAAUCAUUGCAUU